AUAGCCGAGGGCCUCUAGCCUAGCCUUUCUCUUGUGUUGUUUGUUGUCUGAAAAGUGCUCAAAAUGGCGACGCUCAAGGAAUCACCCUGAUCAGCCUGAUAUUGUUUUUAGAAGCCUGUGUUUGGUUUGCAGACCAUGAUUUUAGGCCUAUAUCUUUUCUGCAUUGAGGGGUGAGGGGUUUAUCUGUUUUUAUCCAGCCCAAAUGGAUCCAACGCAGUCCUUCAUUGAAGAAAUUGACUAUCAAGAACUUAAGUUCAUUGAGGUUGUUGGAAAGGGAGCUUUUGGAGUUGUAAGUCGUGCACAAUGGAGGGGCAAAGAUGUUGCUGUGAAACGCAUCGAGACAGAGUCGGAGAAGAAGGCUUUCAUGCAAGAGCUGAAACAGUUGUCCAGAGUGAGCCACCCAAACAUUGUCCGCUUGUAUGGAGCUUGCAGGGAACACCCCGUGUGCCUGGUGAUGGAGUAUGCAGAGGGAGGGUCAUUGUAUAAUGUCCUUCACGGCUCUGGCCAGCAGCCACUGUACAAGGCUGCCCACGCCAUGAGCUGGUGCCUGCAGUGUGCCCGAGGGGUGGAGUACCUCCACAACAUGAAGCCCAAAGCUUUGGUACACAGAGAUCUCAAACCUCCAAAUCUUCUACUGAUCACAAGAGGAACAGUGUUAAAAAUUUGUGACUUUGGCACAGCCUGUGAUAUCCAGACACACAUGACCAAUAACAAAGGCAGUGCUGCCUGGAUGGCCCCAGAAGUCUUUGAGGGUUCCAACUAUAGUGAAAAGUGUGAUGUGUUCAGCUGGGGCAUUAUCUUUUGGGAGGUUCUCACUAGAAGAAAACCUUUUGACGAGAUUGGCGGGCCGGCCUUCCGCAUCAUGUGGGCUGUCCACAACGGUCGACGCCCUCCACCUAUACAGAAUUUGCCCAAACCGCUAGAGAUUUUAAUGACAAGAUGCUGGUCAGGCAACCCUUCAGAGCGUCCAUCUAUGGCUGAAGUGGCCAGAAUCAUGUCCUGCAUGUAUCAAUUUUUCUGUGGGGGUGAUGAGCCUCUGGUCAUAACCCGUACAAGUGAAAUGGAUGAUGAUGAUUACAGCAUGGAGUCAGCUGCUCCGUACUCUGUGACCCCACAUGGGCUGGGAAUGGCGUCGUCGGGUGCCAUGACAGCCGAGUCUCGUGCCAGCACCAUAAGUGACACGUUGCGCUACAACCACAACGACAUGCGGCCGGCGGCCCCACACACUCCCGUUGUGGUGGAGGAGGACAAAAAGCCUCGUGGUCAAAUGAGUGCUCCCCCAUCUCUGGCAGCCAGCCGAGAGAGUCUCCAUGACCCCCGCAGUUCAAGGUCAGCCACACCGGUGGACACGGGGAAACGUCUGUCGGCAGACAACACCAAGCUAGAUGAGUUAGAUCUGUCGGUGCAGCAGGCAGCCCACCAUGCCCAGCUCAGAGUGAGAGGGCAUAGAAGGUCAGGGUCACAGGGUACGCCCCCUGCUUAUGCUGUUCCAGUGACUACUACGCAAGGCCCACCCCCUGUUGGAAGAAGAGGCCCCAGGCACAAUCGCUCUGGCUCUGUGGAUGACCUUUUGACCCCCGCAUCCUUCCUCCUGUCCACCCCACAAAUCGUUAUCACCCCCUCCCCCCCACCGGCAGGCAUUGGCCACCGUCGCAUCGGCUCCGAUGAGUACGCCCGACUCUCCUCCUUGUCCUCGCCGCUGUCAAUCAACACGGGCACUAGUCCCGGCUCCUCCAGCGGCCUGCCCCCUGUCCACCACAGCAACACCUACCCCAGCCAGCUGGUACAGCUGAGCCAUGGGGAUAUGGGCGGUCCCUCUGCUGGGGGUCACCAGGUGUUCAGGGGUCCCGGUGACGGCCUGGCCAUGUCGCCACCGUCGCGGUCUGUGUCCUACCAGCCUCCGGGGAGAGAGCCCAUCGUGGUGUCGCCACGGUCGUUCUCGCUGAGCUCCGAGCGCCAGCUGCCGGCCAUGGCCAGACAGGGACAUGAAGCAGCUUACGCCAGUGUGGAACAUGCGUACUACAACAAUGAGGCGUAUUUCUCUCUUGAGCCGCACUUACAGCCCAUACCACCGUGUCUCUCCAACCCCGAGUCCAUGCAGAUAUUCGAGGAACAUUGCAAUUUGGCGGAGGAGUAUCUACGCAUUCAGGCAGAGAUUGCUGUCCUUACUCAGAGAAAACAUGAGAUGAACAAAGAGCGGGAGCAGCACCAGGAGAGACACCUAAAGAGCAAACAUCUAGAGGAGUACACCAAGCUCACCGCUGAGAACGAAAGCUUGAAAAGUGUUUACAAAGAACUUCGAGCACAAGUUGAGAAGUAUAAACACCAAGCUGGUACCAAGCGCAUUGGUUAAGUUAGCUCUGACUGCAGUGCCUACCUUCAACUCAGACGAGUUUCCUCAGUGAAGUGGCAUCUUUGGAAGGAAAGAUAUUGCCUGUUUAAAGCUGCCAUAAAAUCAUUUUUGUUCCUCUGUUAUAAUAAAUCUAUUGCUAGCUCUUGAAAACUUUCAUCACAACGUCCAGUUUUCUUACCUGAUCUGUGUCACACAGUUUACCUUCUAUAUCAAUUAUUUUGCUUUUCUGUUGAUGUCAGUGCAUGCACGUUUACUUAUUGUGCAAUGCGUCGAAUGCGCCUGUCUGUGGCAUCUGAGAUUGUCAUAAAAAUGGCCAUAUUUAUUUUCCUCUGAAGAAUGCCUUGAAAUAUCCCAUGUACUGAUAUCAUUUCUCUUUUUCUUCAGUUAUUGUUCAGUUUAUCUUUUAGAAAGGUUGAUAGAUUCUCUUCAUAAUAGAUUAUUUUGCUCCUUGUGUGUUGAGUUCACAGCUAAACCAUCUGUGAUCUGGCAUAUUAUGAAGUGCAGAAUACUGAAUUAUGAUUUUAAAUAACAUGGAAGGAGAUGUAUUUUUUUCUUGGUUAGUGCAAAUGCUUUGACUUACUUUUUCCUCCUUCAAAUCAAAGAUAGAGAAUUGUAUGAUGUGGUGUAUAUUAGGUUUUUUUCAGUCUUUGUAUGAGACUGCUGUGGCAAUAUAAUUUUUUUUCUUUCUUUCUUAAAAGUUUUGGAAUCAUGAAAGUAUAUCUUGUAUUUGGGGAAAUGUGUCAAAAUAAACCUUCAAUGUGUGAAAUGUGGGUCAAAAUAAACCUUUAAUGUGUGAAAGAUGUGUCAAAAUAAACUUUUAAUGAGGAAUACAUGUAUCAAAAACGGGCCUUGGAUGUGUGAAAUGUAUCGAAAAAGACCUUGGGUGUGUGAUAAGUGUGCAAAAAUAGUUUAAGAUGCCUGACAUAUGUGUGGUUUAUAUCCUGCUACUCCAUCUCUCUUUUUUCAGUUAUUUUAAAUCGUUGUAUUCUGUUUUCCCUUCGGUCGUUUGCACAGUAUGUACUGUGUAAGAGGGGUCAGAAUUUUUAUCAAGAUUUUUAUGAUUGUUUUGCUUUUGUCUUUUCAUUUUGUAUGUGCGCAAUAGUAGACGUGUAUUUGUGCAGUCUUGGAGAACAAAAAUGAAUUCUUCAAGUGUUCUGGGUGGCUUGGCAAGAUGUAACUGAGGCUUUUAUAUUGCAUGCAAAUUGUAUUGUAAAUAGACGAGACAACAUUAAUACUUAUAAACUGAUAAUAAUGAAAGACACCAUGUAAAUAAUGAUGAUAAACAACUUAAACGUUUUGUCGAGGCUCUUGUAUAAAAGUCUGGUAAGAUUUUUUAGUCUCAACAAAACAAUUUUUAUACCUGACAGCCUCAUAAGCCUUUUAAGUAUGAAAUGGAUGUUGAUGCAUUUAGGGACAAGUGAAAUUUGAUGAAGUGUGCUUUUUUGUUGUAGAUAUUAAUGCACAUGUAAGUAGUUUUAUGUAAAAUAUUGUGAGUUUAAUUUUAUGUCCAUUAUUCUUCCUGUUGCGUUUUUGAAGGACUGAAAGAUGAUUUCAUAGAGACUGAAAAACUGUAGAAGAUUUGUGAGUAAAUUUGUAUUUAUUGUGUAAUUUCCAGAUCUUGAUUUAUUGUGCUCUGAGACAGAAAAGAUGGAUGAGGUCCUCACACUUUCACUGAUUUAUUAUUCUUAAUGUUUACGGCCAUGAAACAUUUUCCCAACUUGAAUUGUUGAGUUCAAAUUUUAUAUGUAAUCACAAAGAAACUUUGAAAAUGUAGAUCUAAAUAUAAAGCUUUCUAAGAAAGUGCAUCACUGGGAGUUCAUCGCUUGACCAUUGUCUCAAUCUGUGACUAUUUGGGAAGUAUGAAUUCAUAGCAUUAUCCAGUUUGUUAUGGUUGAAGAAAUAGGUGUUUUUUUCCUAAAAACAUGUUGUUUAGACUACUUCCGAUUAUCUAAAAAGUUAUAUAUUUUUUACUUUACUUUAUUUUGCAAAUGUUUCUUUGAUAAGGUUUUAUCUAAGUGUAUCCAUUAGUGACACUAUUGUCACCAUUGUUCAAAGUGAGUUCUGACCCAUACUAUCCUGUGAGUGACCUACUGAGCACAUGGCAGGACAUUUCUACGACAUUAAAGAAUGGACUACAACAAAUAACAA